GUCUCUUCUCUUUUGUUCGUUUCGUUCCAGCGAUAACUUUGCGUGUCCCAGGCGAAUAUUCGUUGCCUCGCCGUACAACGCUGAACAGCCAUCCGUGGUCCAUUAUUCGAUUUGUCGUCACCACUUAGAAGCUGGGUUGUGGAAGAGCAAGUGCAUUCCUGUACCCAGAACGGACUGACAGCUUUAGUGGACAUCGCCACUCUUCCUGCUGUCCUAGAGAGCCGGGACCGAGGAGAUUCUCUGCACUUGAGAGCACUUCCGAGCCUUGAACCACGAAGAUGGGUCGUCACAACAAGAAGAAGGGAUUCAAACAGCUUUCCAUCGACGAUCGGUUAAUGCUGCAGUGCAUGUUGGACGAAAUCUUGGAAAAAUGCACAAAACUUCCUUCUGGGAUUCCCAAAGAAGAAUGGAAGGAUUUCCUCGAGUUAAACAGCCUCUUGGUGAAAGUCCGGGAGAUAGAAAAUGGCAUCACACUAGACCUGCCAGAGAGAACCAACAAGUGGGAUGCUUUCUUGGAUUGGUGUACCAAGAAUGGUGCCGACAUGAAGCACGUGGAGAUCAAAGACAUUGGCAAUGGAGAGUAUGGGAUGACAGCGAAGCAGGCAAUCGAGGAAGGAGAUGAAAUCCUGCACGUGCCUCGGAAGCUGAUGAUGUCAGCAUUAGCUGCCCACUCAUCUCGCUUGGGACAACUGCUGCAAGAAGACCCAGUGCUGAAAAGCAUGCCAAACAUUACCUUGGCUCUCUUCCUAAUUUUGGAGCUUUCUUCUGGAGAAACUUCUUUCUGGAGUCCUUACAUAUCUAUUCUUCCGGAUUCCUUCAACACAGUCUUAUACUUUUCAGUCAGUGAUUUGGAAUUGCUUCGAGGCUCAGUCGUUCUGGAUGAUGCACUGAAGCUUCAUCGGAGCAUCCUUCGCCAGUAUGCAUAUUUUCACAGAAUACUAAGGACUCAUCCACUAGCUAAAAGCCUACCCUUCAAGGAUUGCUUCACAUAUGACUUGUACAGGUGGGCAGUUUCUGCAGUAAUGACUCGCCAGAACGCUAUCCCCGCUCCUGGAGGUCAUGCCGGUUCGUCGACUGUUCUAGCACUUGUGCCGUUGUGGGACAUGUGCAAUCACAGCGGCGGCAAGCUGUGUACGGACUACGACCCGGAGAAGGACGAGCUCAAGUGUCUCGCCAUGCGUGACUUCCAGGCAGGAGACGAGGUGACCAUAUUUUAUGGCAGAAGAACCAACUCGGAGUUUUUAGUUCAUAACGGUUUUGUUUACCCUGGUAACGAACACGACGCGGUGGACAUCAAACUUGGUAUCAGCAAAAGUGAUCCGCUGUUCUCCAUAAAAUCGGAGCUCUGUGGGAAGCACGAUUUACCUCAGAGCGGAGUUUUCUCUCUACGUUCUGGCUCACACCCAAUAACAGAGGACCUCUCAACAUUUCUCAGGAUCCUCAUAUUAAAAGAAGAGCCUAGCGGGGGCAACAUAAGCUCGGAAAACAUCGAGAAUUCCCCCGACGAAAACGCCCGAGCGGCCCUCGCGUUUCUGCGGGACAGAAUUGAACUCCUACUUCGGGCUUUUCCCCUGUCAGAGCAGGACUACCAGUCCAUUGUAACUUCUUCGAGAUCAACACCAGGCAGCAGGAACGCAGCAUUGUACCGUCUAGAAGAGAGGAAGAUAUUGUUGUCGGCCCAGCGAUUGCUCUGUACUCCGGCCACGCCUACAGCAUGUGCCUAGCCCAUGUCACCGGUGGCGCGAAAAAUCAAAGCAGUCCCUGGAACAUAUGAAAUUCUCCGGGUGCAUCCUCAUCAAGUGCCUUUCAUUUGAAGUGCGAUUUCAAAAUGCUCGCGCUUACCUUUAUUUAUUGCGGUGGAUGUCGAUCGCUGACGUCUCACCGAAGCGUGAACGUAUGAUUUCGUGUGCGCUCAUUUCAUUAUUGGUGGUUGUCGCGAUCGUUACUUAGUAAUCGACAAUCCCGACCGGCGGUGCACGCUCCCCUCUUUUAGUCUUUGCUUAUUGUGCUCUGUUCCCGGGAAGAAUAAUCUGCCGCUAGUGCCUGUGGCGGUGUUUUCUGGCACACUGAUUUUGUCGUGCGACGCAAAAGACACGAACGUUAUUGCGAUCGGUAUUCGAGCCAACGCAGGCAAUAAAUAAACCUGUAAGGAAUUGACAGCAUUUUUUUACGAAAUUGUAUUCGCAUUAGACCUCUCGCGUUGGAGUAAAUGCUCUGUGCCCGUUUUAAGAGUUCGUUUCGUCGGCCAAAAGACUUGAUGUGCGUUUUGGGAUUUCGGCAACGAGGUCUUUCGUGUUAGCUGACGAUGGGCAAAAAAUCGACCCACGGGAAACUCCUGACACCACUUUGGAAAGUAAUUGGCCGAUCUAGGCAUAAAUUCGAAAGUCCAACACUUGGUGGCGCUUGUGCUUCGGGACCCUCAGAGCCGUAUAUUAAAAGGGAGUCUGGCCAUUGGGAGGAGUCACAAAAAGAGGCUCGACCUGUCAAUCACAGUUUCCCUCCUCUGAUUGGGUUGCUUUUUACCAAGGGGGUCGCCAUGACACCUUGCUGCCACCCAAAAUGGCGACAACAACAAACAGCGGUGAAGCGGGGAUUUCGUGACAAAAUUUUUUCACAGACUACUCUGAUUUUACGCUACAAAUGUACAUUCUGAUAUACGUUUCUCGGAAAUCAAUUUCAACUUACGCCCAUCCAUCGAUAUCUAACAGAAAAUAAUACGUUUUGCCGCCGAUGUUAGGCCUAGUGAACACGGCGAUCACAACGAAAUCAUAACAAAGACGGCGCUGUGCUGUACAAUCUUAUAUUUAAUAGCUGGAUUUCAUGGAUAUAAACAUUCUUGCCUCUUAUAUUCGAACUAUUCAUGUAGAUUUGUUUAAAAAUCAUACCGACGACAGAAUGUGUCCCAGCAGGUGGUUCUGCCGGCAGCGGUGCAACGACGGAAGCAGACGACAACUCUCGACGUGCCUUACGCUCCCUAGGUGGCGUUCAUCAAAUUUGCACCAAAAAUCCCCUAGUUCUGCAGAUUGCGAGAGGUAUCCAUUUCAAUCCCAUCCAAUUCACUUGCCACCCAAAAUGGCGCUGCCCAUGCUGGAUACGGGGACAAAUAGUGAGGAUAGGUUGAUUGAUAGCGCUCCAUAUUUCAAGACUUCAUUGGUCGGAAAGCUGAAAAAGUGGGUGGAGCUUCAGGUAUAGGCAUGACCCAUUAAUGGCCAGACUCCCUUUUAAUAUACGGCUCUGGGGACCCUUAGAGGACCUUGUUAGACAACUGACGAUCCCAAACGCGAACUGCGCUUAAUUUUUUUUAACAGCGGCAGCUGUUAAGGGCGCAAUUUCGUGAAGAUCCUGUUCCGUACGUCGCAUCGCCGAAACCCACAGAGAAAUUAAAGGGACGGUCGCAUCCGGAAACCUAUCUAUGAAACCGAUACCACUGUGUUUGGCAUCGACCAACAGUCUACGUGGCUAAUUUUUUUCGUCCGAAAAGUGCCUAGGUAUUAACUAAACGAAUUUUAAAGAUCAGCGCUGCCUCCAAGGCUGCAGAAAUUCCAGCGGCAUGACGUCACGCGUAAAGGGAGAGGGUGAGAGGGCGGCACGCAUAGGAGGAAAGGCGCCGUCCAGACGCCCCGUAACGCCCGCACCGCCGCGGCAUUCCUUUCCUCAAAGGCGUUCCAUGAUUGGCCCGUUACAGAAUGACGUUUCCUCAUUUUUCCAGAGAGAGAAUUCCGGCACAGUCUCAACAUCCGGCGUCUGCCUGUGACGUAUGUAAUUAAAUAAUUCUAUAGUUUCGAAAUCGACUGGAAUGGAUGCGACCGUUCCUUUAAGCGAAGAAACGAGAAACGAAAUAACAGGCAUGACGAGAUAUUUUACAGCGACAGCUGUUAUCUCGUUUCUCGUUGAUCAUUUGAACCUCGAUGACUCCGACGGGAUGAUGAACGGAGUCACCGCCAUACUAAAGCACAUAUAGACUUUGACGAAGUGGGUCUACCGAUGCACGCGUGACUUCACUUCGAAGGAAACGCCACGGGCACUGAACAGAUAUGUCGCUGUCGUUGAUUUGAUGCCACUGUAACUUGCAUCAUAUCUGCCAAUUUUUUUAAAUGCGUAUUAGUUGUGUAUGGAUGCAUCUUAUUUCAAGAGGGUUUAUUCACAUGACAUCAUCUGUAGGAGAGCGCCACUGUCGCUAGCAGAUUUGCCGCCAUAAUGUACGUCCGUAGGUUGACUGUCCUUGCUUUCACUCACUUCGCACUCACAGUACAUUUGGUGUUUCUGAGUUGCCGUACUGUGUGAAUAUUAUUUGUACCACAAUCCAAGUAACUUUCAUGUUUUCAACGUUAAUUGUCCCUUAAAAGGCACAUGGCAGUGAACCCGAAAACUGGAACCAAACUUCGAAGGGCCUACAUCAUGGCGGCGAUUUCGCAUUUUCGAAGCUAGUGCCCUCUGAAGAGAUGAAGUGAUUUAAUAAACUCUAUAGUCAAAAUAU